CACUUUCGUUUAGUAUUCCAUAUGGGAACAGGCAGAUAUCAAUGUAUGCCGAACUCUUCCGCAUAGACCGCUUUAGGUUUCGUUUUGAAAAAUCCCCACUGUGGAAUUUUAAGCCUAUUUACCGGAUUAGUUUUUAUACUGUGGCCGCAUUUUCAGAGAUUUUUUUCUUUUGCGGCUAACCUCUAUGCGAUGAAGUCUGUGCUGUGGAUUCUGACAGCCCUGCUCGCUCAGCAGGCCCAAUGUAUCGUUAGGAAAUAUUAUUUAGCUAUAAGAGAGGAAGACUGGAACUACGCACCCACUGGACGUAAUCUGAUCCAUAACAGAAGAAUUAAGGAAGACGAACAUGCAUCAGAGUUUCUCUCAUCUGGCCCUACUCGAAUAGGGAGUGUUUACCGAAAGGCUGUAUACAGACAGUACACAGAUGACUCUUAUUCAACAGAGAUCCCCAAACCUGACUGGCUUGGCUUCCUCGGACCUAUUUUACGUGCUGAGGUUGGUGAUGUCAUGGAGGUCCAUCUGAAAAACUUUGCAAGCAGGCCGUAUUCCCUUCACCCACAUGGAGUGUUUUAUGAGAAGGAUUCAGAGGGUGCACUUUACCCAGAUGGCACGUCUGGUCAUAAUAAGAGUGAUGAUGCAGUGUCUACACAUAUGAGUCACACAUACACCUGGAGAGUCAAAUCAGAAUAUUCUCCUACUGAAGCAGAUGGUAACUGCCUCACUUGGAUUUACCAUUCACACGGUGAUGCACCAAAAGAUAUUGCAUCAGGUCUUAUAGGAGCUCUCCUCACCUGCAAAAAAGGCAUUUUGGACUCUACUAGCUAUAAGCGCUUAGAUGUGGAUGAAGACUUCAUUCUGAUGUUUAGUGUUGUGGAUGAGAAUUUGAGCUGGUACUUGAAAGAGAAUGUAGAAAGAUUCUGCUCUGACCCAGAUAAAACUAAAGAAAUCAUACAUAAUGUGGAUGAAGAUUUUAGAGAGUCCAACCUUAUGCACUCAAUAAACGGAUAUGUUUUUGGUAAUUUGCCUGGACCAAAAGUGUGUGUGGGUAGACCUGUGUCUUGGCAUCUCUUCGGCAUUGGCAAUGAGGUGGACAUUCAUUCUGCCUACUUCCAUGGCCACACCCUCCUAGAUCGUGGGCACCGCACGGAUGUCCUCAGUCUAUUUCCUGCCACUUUUGUCACUGCAACAAUGAUUCCAAGAACAGAAGGAAAAUGGAUGUUAAAUUGCCAAGUUAAUGAUCAUUUAGAAGCGGGAAUGCAGGGUUUCUAUGAAGUCAUGGCUUGUGGAUCUACAGACUCUCCAGCAAAACCCGCUGGCACUGAGAGACAUUUCUACAUUGCUGCUGAGGAGGUGUAUUGGGACUACGCUCCUUCAGGCAUGAACUAUAUGGAAAAUAUAUCACUUACUGAUCCAGACAGUGACUCUGCAAAGUUCUUCAGUCAUGACAAUGGCAAGCUGGGUGGAAAAUACUUGAAAGCCAGAUACAUUGCAUACACUGAUGAAUCAUUUACUACUAAGACACACAUUGUGGGCUCGGACGUGCAUCUUGGUAUUCUAGGUCCUGUCAUCAGAGCAGAGACUGGUGAUGUUAUCAUUGUAACAUUCCUAAAUAAUGCUAAACAUGACUAUAGCAUUCAGCCACAUGGAUUGCAUUAUGAAAAAGCCUAUGAGGGAUCUAUGUAUCAGGAUGGUACUCAGAAAAAUGGAGCCUCAGUGGCUCCAGGUACAAAAUUCACCUAUAUUUGGAAUGUAACAGAAGGUCCCUCUGACAGUGACCCUCCCUGUAUUUCAUACUUGUAUUAUUCCUCUGUUGAUCCUUUUCGUGACACAAACUCUGGCCUAGUUGGGCCCUUACAAGUGUGCAAAAAAGGCAUUCUUGAUCGGAGUGGGCAUCAGCAUGCUGACAAAAUUCAGCAUGAGUUUUUUCUGCUAUUCUCUGUGAUGGAUGAAAAUGAAAGCAGGUAUCUGGAAGAAAACAUUAAAAAGUUUGGCAGCCGUGAGACGGAUCAAGAUGAUGAAGAGUUUCAGGAGAGCAAUAAGAUGCAUGCGGUGAAUGGGUACAUGUAUGGAAACCUUCCUGGACUAGACUUGUGUUUUGGUGAACAUGUUGUUUGGCACACACUUGGCUUAGGCACAGAAGUGGAUAUCCAUGGAAUUUAUUUCCAGGGCAACACGUUUGAACGAGAUGGGACAAACCGUGACACUCUCAAUCUAUUCCCACAUACCACAGUGACGGUCAACAUGAUACCCAAUAAUAAUGGGAUGUUUGAGCUAAGCUGUCGUACAGGUAAUCACUACAAUUCAGGUAUGCAGCAACAUUACAAAGUAAAAGUCUGCUCAGCAGAGAGUCCUCCACCAGAACAUUUUACAUCUGAUAUACACUACUACAUAGCUGCAGAGGAAGUUUUAUGGAAUUAUGCGCAAGAUUAUACUUGGGAACUUGAGAAGCACAAGACUACAAUAGAGGACAGCUUAAGAAGUCUUUACCUUAAUAGGUCAAGUGAUCGGAUUGGUGCUGAGUAUAAAAAAGUGGUGUUCCGCGAAUAUGUAGAUGGGACAUUUACCCAAACGAAACCAAGGAGUGCAGAGGAGGAGCAUUUAGGGAUAAUGGGACCCAUCCUUAAGGCUGAGAUUGGUGAAAAAAUUCAAGUUGUGUUUAAAAACAAAGCCAACAGAACAUAUUCUCUUCAUGCCCAUGGAGUAAAGACCAGUGAAGCCCAUCAGCAUCAUGUUAAACCAGGUCAAGUGGUAACAUACAACUGGACCAUUCCAGCACAAUCGGGUCCAGGCCCCAAUGAUCCUAACUGUAUAACAUUUGCAUACUAUUCAACUGCCAGCUAUGUUAAGGACUUGAUGAGCGGUUUGGUUGGUCCACUGAUAGUGUGCCGUAAAAACACCCUAGACACCAACAGACGUAGAAAAGACAUUAAAAAGGAGUUUGCCCUCCUUUUCAUGGUGUUUGAUGAAAAUGAGUCCCAUUACCUGGAUGAAAACAUUAACACUUAUCUCAUUAAAACGGAUACUGAUAGAUCUGAUAAGGACUUUAUGGAGAGCAACAGAAUGCAUAGUAUUAAUGGAAAGUUGUAUAGUAACUUGCAUGGGUUAAACAUGACAGAAGGCGACAAGACUGAAUGGUAUUUGCUAGGAAUGGGGAACGAAGUGGACAUGCACACAGUGCACUUCCAUGGACAGAGCUUCAUUUACAGAAUGGAUCAUUCCCAUCGUGCUGAUGUAUAUGACCUGUUUCCAGGGACGUUUCAGACCAUAGAGCUAACUGCAGGAAACCCUGGGCAGUGGUUGCUACACUGUCAUGUUACUGACCACAUUCAUGCUGGCAUGGAGACACUUUUUACUGUUAAAGCAGACCCUAGUAUUAGGAAUGAUCAGAGCAGAGCAGACCCUAGUAUUAGGAAUGGUCAGAGCAGAGCUUUCAGUCAUUUUGAAAUCCAAUCCACUUUGAUGCUGUGUUUAGUUGGAUUGGUCCUAUGUCUUGUAAAAUACUAGAAGAAAUAUGUGACCAUAUUGCAAUUAGAAUUAAUAGUGUAUCAUAAAUGAAUGAAAAUAAUAAUGAUUUUUUUUUUUAUUCACCUUGGAAAACAUCUCAUUGUAUCUACAAAUAUUGACUGGUGAUACUGAUUAAUAUAAUUUAUUUUACUGUGAAUUUUUCUGCUUUAAGUGAUCCAAGGACAUGCCAUAUUUAGAAGUAGUUGUUUAAUUAUGCUUUAACAUAUUCAUACAACUUCUCUGUUGGAAAUGAGACCUGUGUGUCAUUCAGGUGUUACUAAAUUACCCUCAUUUCACAAACCUCAUUCUGCACCCACGGUUCUCAGCCUGGCCAUGCAUGUAAAACUGUAUUUACGUAGGCAAAGAUGAAUAAUACGUGCUCUGUACAUGCGAAUGACAUAUUAUAAGCCUCAAAUACAAUUGUUUUCUCCUUCUUAUGUAAACCUUUUGCAUGCAAAAAACAGCUGGAAAACAGGCCAAUCUAAACAUAACACGGACUGUGACAUUAGAGUCAAGAUGUAUGCGGAAGUAAAAUAUGAUAAAGGAAAAGUAGCUAAUAAGUUCAAUCAAUUUUUUUCAUCAAUUUCAAAGAGAUUAGUGGACAAGCUUCCUCAGUGUGGCAUCAAAAAUCUUAAAAAAGGGUUGUUUAUAAUCAGAUGUAUCAAUAUGUAUGUAAGAAUAGUUUAAUUUAUGAUUUUCAGUCAGGUUUUAGAAGAUCUUAUUCGACUGAUACAUCAUUAUUGUAUUUAACAGAUUUUAUAGGGAAACAGAUUGAUAGAGGUAGGAUGUGUGGAAUGAUACUCUUGGAUCUCCAAAAAGCUUUUGACACUGUGAAUCAUUCAGUUUUAAUUGAUAAAUUAAGUUUCAUGGGUUUUUCAAGUAAUGUGAUUGCCUGGUCGCCUUAUUUAUCUGGGAGAUUACAAAGUGUAGAGAUUGAUGGGAUUUUAUCUGAAAAAAAUAAUAUUAUUACUGGAGUUCCUCAGGGAAGUGUUUUAGGCCCUCUUUUAUUUAUUUUGUACAUAAAUAAUUCAGAAGCUCAGUACUUGAGUAAAUGCACUUCGUUACUGUACUUUACUGCAUUUUUUGGGCUACUUUGUACUUGUAGUGAGUAUCAAAAAUAUAAGCAACUUUUACUCUUUACUCAACUAAAUUUUUUGGGGGGGUAUUUGUACUCUUUACUCCACUACAUUUGAACUGACACUUACCAUUACUCACUACAUUGUUUAUUCGUCAAUGAAUAAAAACGAGACGAAAGUGUCAGGGAAUGAGGGACAGAAUCUCUGUGUGGUUGCAAGGUUAUGCACACACACACCACUGAGGGACUUCCUGUGGCGCUACGCAGGGCAAUCGUAUGAAAUCAGAGUACUGCGAGAGCGAAUCAAAUGCAUAUGGAGAAGUCUGGUCUCACAGUACUUUGAUGUCAAACGCUGAACGGCUUGCGUUGAGCCGCCGUAGCGUAAAAUAUAACACAGAGGCAGAGGUAAAAAUCUACUCGAUGGGACAUCAGCUUGCUACUUAUGUCAUAAACUGUACAGAAAAGUUAGCGUCUGGUCUGAGAGAAGAGAUAAAGAGCAGACAUAUGGAUGCAUAUCACAUUUGAUUCUGUCAAGGGACCCUUUGUUAAACUUGUGAUGCUGCAAUCAAAACAAACAAGAAGCGCGAUUGCAGCAGGGUCAUCCCGCAACUCAAAGUCAAGCACAAAUGUUUAUAUACUGAUGCUACUUUAUCAGCUAACCUGAGCUGGUACAUAACUUGAUAUAACUUACUAUAUAAGCCAAAAUAAACCAGGGAUGUUCUGUACUGAUUGCCUGAGUAACUUAAGUAUGUUAUAAGAUUGAUAAUACAUGUACAAUUUCACUGUCCUCACAUUUAAUCAAGUAUGCUGGAAUGUAUUUACUGUAAAGAGGGAUGCAUGACUGAAGAAAUUUAGUGCAGUGGUUCUCAAAGUUUAUCCAUGUGCGGCCCCCCUUGUGUAUGCUGCAUUCCUUCAUGCCCCCCCAAAUAAAAUUUAUGACAACAACAGUUCUAAAAUUUAACAUUUUAAAUAAACAAAACAUAUUAAAUUAUACCAUGUAGUGUUGUUGGUUAGUAACCUUAUUUUUUUUAGGUUUAAUUACACAGAAUUCAUGAUAAAUUAAUGCAUUUUAUAAAAUUACAUGAAACUGUUGCCCCCAGGCACCAUCUUGCGGCCCCCAGUUUGAGAACCAAUACUAUAGUGCACUUAAUGUGAGACAGUGGUGUUACGUACUACAUGUGUUUUAAAUUAAUCUUACAAAUGAACAACUUUUAACUGUAACAACCUACUGGACUCUAAUACUGGAAUUGUUGAAAUAUUAAGAUUCAAUUUUUAUCAAAAGACUACUACUUACUAUGUUUAAUCUGUGUUUGUUUUGCCAUGUGGAAAUAUUGAGGUGUUUGAUUUCUUUUUUAUAUUAGGAAGUAAAACCUUAUGAAUAAACUUUCUUGGUUUUCACUGA